AUGUGUCCAAAAAAUUUGAUCAUCACUUGUGUUCUUGCAGCCAUCUUAGUAUGUUGUAAUGGCGCGGCAAGGCCUGCGGUGGGUGGCUUCGUGGGAAGAAAUGGCGUCGAGUUUGUUAAGGAUGGAAAGCCUUUCCAUUUCAAUGGAUUCAAUGCAUAUUGGCUAAUGUACAUGGGGUCGAACCCUUCAACGAGCAACAAGGUUUCGAGUGUCUUCACUCAAGCUUCCAAGAUUGGAAUGAAUGUUGCGAGAACAUUUGCUUUCAAUGAUGGCGGGAGUAAUCCCCUCCAAAAAUCCCCCGGCUUAUACGAUGAAAAUAUGUUUAAGGGUUUGGAUUUUGUGGUGUCUGAAGCAAAGAAAAAUGGAAUAUAUUUGAUACUGUCGAUGGUGAACAAUUAUAAAGAUUUGGGAGGGAGGAGCCAAUAUGUGGAAUGGGCCAAACAGAAGGGUGAAAAAGUCGACAAUGAAGAUCAAUUCUACACCAAUCCUACUAUCAAAACCUUCUACAAAAAUCAUGUCAAGACUGUGUUGACACGAGUGAACACAAUUACCGGUGUAGCUUAUAAAGAUGAACCUGCAAUAUUUUCAUGGGAGCUCAUGAACGAACCACGAUGCAAUAUUGAUACCUCUGGAAAAACUGUUCAAGAUUGGGUGGAAGAAAUGUCAGCUUAUAUAAAAUCAAUCGACAAGAGCCAUCUUCUGGAAAUUGGGCUUGAAGGGUUUUAUGGGGAGUCGAAGAGACAACUAAACCCUAAUUCUUUAUUAUUGGGGACUGAUUUUAUUUCCCUCAAUAGACUUGCUAAUGUGGAUUGGGCUACAGUUCAUCUCUACCCUGAUCAAUGGCUACAAGGUUCCAACGAUUCGACACAGCUCACAUUCGCUAGGAAUUGGGUUCAAGAACACGCAAACGACGCCAAGUCCAUUUUAGGGAAGCCAUUGGCGCUGGCCGAGUUUGGAAAAAAUUCAAAAUCGAGUGGCUUCACUAUUGAAGCGCGCGAAAAUUAUUACCGGGACAUGUAUGAUGCUGUAUAUAAUUGUGCUAAGAAUAGAGGGCCGUGUAGCGGUGCUCUGUUUUGGCAGUUGCUGGCCGAGGGGAUGGACGGCUACGGCGAUGGUUAUGAAGUCGUGUUAGAAAAAAGUCCUUCCACCGCGGCCGUUAUCAACACCCAAUCUCGUAGAAUGUCUACACUCGCUUGA